AUGGACUCAAAUCUCUCAACCCACAAACCUUCAGAGUAUGAAGGAAUAGCUGCGCAAUUUGCCGCUGCAAAGAAAGCACAGGCUGAGCAACUUGCUACAUCUCGUUCCAGGGACUCCAUGGUUCGAAAACGGAAUCUUCAACAAAAGAGCGCCUUCAAAUACUCACAUGGCCUGCUUGUGUCACUGUUGCUCUUCUUCGUUUAUCUCCACGGCGUUGGAAUCUUUUUAUUCACCAAAGGAUUCUUAUUGACCCGUCUGAUGCUUGGGCAGCAGUCAUCUUGUGAAAUCUCACCUCUACAAGAAUAUGCUCGACACGGGUCACUAUGGGCUGGAAAUGCCGACGGCGCGGGUUGUUGGCAUCCUAAGUCUUUUGAUAAAGCCAUCAUCAUCGUGAUUGACGCCUUGCGCUACGAUUUCACAAUACCCUUCGAACCAAAAGACAAUUCCGCCCCGGCUUUUCUCUUCCAUAAUGCUUUCACGACACCCUACACAGUUGCCUCCCAGACUCCAAAAAAUGCCGUCUUAUUGCCUUUUAUUGCCGAUCCUCCCACCACCACUCUCCAGCGAUUGAAAGGGCUCACCACUGGAACACUGCCCACCUUUAUUGAUGCAGGCAGUAAUUUCGCCGGUACCUCUAUCGAAGAAGAUAAUCUGAUCUCUCAAAUGAAAUCACUUGGUAAAAGAAUGGCAUUUAUGGGGGAUGACACCUGGAUGGCUCUUUUCCCUGGAAUGUUUGAGCCAGAAAUGGAACAUCCUUAUGAAUCACUUAACGUUUGGGACCUGCAUACUGUGGAUAACGGGGUUACUGAACAUAUCUUCCCUUUACUUCACCCAGCAAACCAAACAAAGUGGGAUAUCGCUAUUGGUCACUACCUUGGUGUUGACCACGCUGGUCACCGCUAUGGACCUGAUCAUCCCGCAAUGGCAGAGAAGCUGAAACAGAUGGACAGCAUUGUUCAAAGGCUCAUGGAGAGUAUUGAUGAUAAAACCUUAUUAGUUGUAAUGGGUGAUCAUGGCAUGGAUCCAAAGGGUGAUCAUGGGGGAGAGUCUCAGGGAGAGGUUGAGGCUGCAUUGUGGCUAUAUUCAAAAAAGCCAAUUUGGGGGGAAUUUCCAAAAGAGCUCCCACCUAAUGGCGGCGGCCGUGGAGCAGGGAGUGAUGGGGUAAGGUCUGUUGCCCAAAUAGAUCUUGUUCCAACCUUGUCUCUUCUUCUGGGACUACCUAUACCAUUCAACAAUUUGGGCGCACCAAUUGCUGAGGCCUUCAUCGGCAAUGGUGAUGUGCAAGGCUUGAAAAAUUUGGUUCAGGUUUCACGUUUGACCGCGGCGCAAAUCAAAAGAUACCAGAAGGAGUAUACAGUGGAAGGUGGCGACGUGGAAACAGAUGAUUCAAUUCUGGCUCGGUGGAGUUCAGGGCAGGAGAAAUGGGAGGCAUCUCAAAUAAAGUCGGAGAAAACCACUCGAUUGGAAUGGAUCUCAGUCUUUGCGGAUUUCUCUUCCUAUCAAGAACAAACUUUGAAGGCUUGUCGUGAUGUCUGGGCUAGUUUUGACCUAAUCAGUAUGGCUGCUGGUAUUAUUGUUUUGGUUGGAAGUGUUGUUACUCUUGCUGUGUAUGCCAGAGGCUUCUCGGGGGAUCCAACUGAGCUUACAGACACUAUAAUCACACGAAUGCUCAAAGGUCUUAGUGUAGGUGCUGUUAGUUCGGUUAUUGCUGGGUUUUUGCUUGAGGAGCAGACUCUGGGCUUGUCGAGAAUCAGAAUGAUGCUAUUCAGCACCAGUAUUGGAGUUAUAUUUGGAUUCUUUUCAGCCACGAUACACGCCCACAAAAGAUUAAAAAAUGUUUUGCCGACCUCAGGCUGGGGGGUACUAUCGGUCAUCUUCACAGUCACUCACUCGCUUAUAUUUGCCUCCAAUUCCUUCACGAUUUGGGAAGACCACAUUCUCAUCUACUUCCUAUGUACCUUUGCCAUUGGUGGUCUUAUCACAUCACAAAGGAGGGAGGAUCUCGCUCAACGAAUGCUAGGGAGCUAUCACUCCGUGGUAUUUUUCAUUCUCACAAGGAUCGCGGCCUUUUCCAAGCUUUGUAGAGAAGAGCAAAUGCCACACUGCGAGUCAACUUUCUAUGCUUCAGCAACAUCUUCCGUUUCAGCUCCCUGGAGCCUGGCGCUUUUGUUUGUUAUGGCUGUGAUUCUUCCUUCCAUCGUAAAAUCUUUUUACAGCGGCUCUAACUCCUAUCACGGACCCGCAUCGAUUACUAUUGGGUGGGCCUUCCGGGCAGGACUCUUUCUAAACGCCUUCUACUGGCUAAUCGACUCCGCGGAUAACGGUCGAUGGUUGGAGGUUCCGGAGGCAUUGUUCAAAUCUUCAAAAAUAACGAUCGCUCAGAUUGUGUUGCUUAUGGGAUUUAUCGCUGGAAGUGUUGCAUAUGCUUGGGCGACUCUUUGCCUUAGUGUUGAAAUUGAAGAUAAGAAAUCUGAGAUGAUCACUGACGCUCACGGAAAAAUCACGUCCGAGAGUGGUAAAAGUGUCCUUCUUCUCGGAUACGCCAAUAAACCUAUGGGUGGGGCGUCGAUGGGGAUUCUUCUCUGGCAGAUCCUCAGCCUCUUGGAAAUUAUCGACUGUAACGACCUUUCAGACUCCGCUAUCGGACCAAUCGUUUUGGGUCUUUUGGGCAAUUCACACUUCUUCUCUACUGGGCACCAAGCAACGUUGUCCUCUAUUCAAUGGGACUCCGCUUUUAUUCCUUUUACAUCCACUAGGUACCCUUGGGCUCCUCUUCUCGUUAUCGGCAAUACCAUUGGGCCGCAAGUGCUCACAGCGCUAGCUGUUCCUCUUAUAGCACUAUGGAAGGCGUCACCGAAGAAGGCCGGACUGCUGGGCAGUGUGGGUGUUUCUGGAGCAACGCAUAUGCUCUACCAUGCAGUCAUAACUUUAAGCUCUGUUGUGUGUGCCGGACAUUUGAGAAGGCACCUCAUGCUAUAUCGUAUCUUUAGCCCAAGGUUUAUGCUGGGGGCCCUUGUACUGCUCGGUGUUGAUAUCAUAGUUUCGUUGGUCGCUGUUGGCGGCGUUCGAUGGAACACUUUGGCUGUCGCAGAUAUAUUUGGUAUUUAA